AUGCCUAUCCCUCUGCUGGCGGAGGGCUUCGGGCAAGGAUGGUCCAGCAUCCCGCAUCUCGGGACCGCUUUACAGGCCGCAGCAAUUAUCGGGGUGGUGACGCUGUUGAAGUUGUACUUUGGAGGAGCAAAAUGUCGGUCGGAAAGGGUCAUGCAUGGGAAAGUUGUCAUGGUCACUGGGGGCACAUCAGGCGUCGGUGCUGCAGUCGUGCAAGAACUGGCCUCUCGAGGAGCCCAGAUCAUCCUCCUCACACACCACGCUCCCUCCGACCCGUUCCUGGUUGACUACAUCGAGGAUCUGCGGACCGUGACGAACAAUGAGUUGAUAUACGCUGAACAAGUCGACCUCUCUUCCCUGCACUCGAUACGAGUCUUUGCGACAAAGUGGGUGGACAAUGCACCGCCGAGGCGGCUGGACAUGAUCAUCCUCUGUGCGAGUGUCGAGACACCAUAUUUUGGCACGGGGCAGAAGACCAUGGACGGGCUCGAGGCUGAGUGGAUGAUCAACUAUCUCAGCACUUUCCACCUGUUGAGUAUCCUCUCGCCAGCUAUAAGGGCACAGCCCCCGGAUCGCGAUGUCAGGAUACUGUUCAGCACUUGUAGCAGCUACAUUGGUGGGAAGUUGAACUUGAAAGGGACAGAAUCCGCCACAAAUUCAGGGGCUACUUCCUACGCACGGAGCAAACUUGCGACAAUGACGUUUGCUUAUGCAUUCCAGAAGCACCUCGAUUCUUACAAGAGGCCCGACAAUGCGAAUAACAACGCUAGGGCCUUCAUCGUUGACCCUGGAUUCUGCCGGACCCCGGGUAUGAGAAGAUGGCUUUCCGGGGGGCUCAUAUGGGGUCUCUUGCUAUACCUCGUGACUUACCCAUUGUGGUGGCUGGUUCUCAAGUCGCCUCAUCAGGGCGCGCAGAGCUAUCUCCUCGCUGCGAUGGAAGCCGAAUAUGGACGAGGGGUGGGUGGCAAGAUGAUCAAAGAAUGCCGCGAACUCGAACCUUUCAGGCCAGAUGUCAAAAAGGAAGAUGUUGCCAAGAAGCUCUGGGAGUUCAGCGAGAAACAGAUUGAGCAGCUGGAGAAAGAAGGUGCCGUUAAACGAGCUCUAGCAAAGAAGGAAGCAGAGCAGCAGCAGAAGAAGGACAGUAAAGCUUCUGCUGAUGCUGGCACAAAAGCUCCUGGCCCAGCUGGAAACAAGGAGGCCACUCCUGGAUCAAGGAGAAGCCGCAAGGCGAAAUAA